AUGGAAAACAAAUUAUUAGCCGACUACGAACAGCAGUUUGGUGUGACCAGUGCUGAGAUCACAUCGAAAAUCAGCAGACUUGGCCAUAUAGCUAGCAACGAUAGAAAUGACUACAUCAAAGAAAUCGAACGAAACCUCGACGAGGUACAUGAUUUGUUGGAACAAAUGGACCUGUCGGUCAAAGAAUCUGAUGUGUCUGUACGCGCCAAACUGCACAAUCGAGUAGCUAGUUACAGGGCUGAACUCCACAGAUUAGCCAAGGAGUUUGCCCGAGCAAAAUGUACGGUCAACAUUGAUUUAGAAGAUGAUAAUCAUUUUGCUGAAAGUGAAGAUGUGACUUCAGAACAAAAACAGAGACUAUUAUAUACGUCUGAACGACUAAACCAAUCAGGAAUACAAUUGGAUAAUACUUAUCGUAUUGCCGUUGAGACUGAAGAAAUUGGUUCACAAAUAUUGACGGAUUUAAAUCGCCAACGAGAAACUAUGCAUAACUCUUUUAAUAGGCUCAGAGAUGCAAAUGCAGACCUUGGUAGAAGCACCCGAAUGAUAAAUGCCAUAAUUGUUCGUUCCAGACAACACAAAAUCAUACUCUUUGGUGUAAUGGCAGCAUUUUGUUUUCUCUUGAUCUUUGCGUUUUACCAUUCAUUCCUUUAA